GUACAUCCCCAUCAAUACCGAUUUGUUUCCAUUCAGGGCUGUACUUGUGUUCUGUAGCAGUCGUAACGAGCAAACACCAAACUGUGUUAGCUGUCCUCCCACGAAGAGACGGGUCUAGAAAGGCCACGCCCGGGCUGCUGUUCUGCUCCCCUCAGUCAGCGUUCAGCAAUCAGCAUCGGCGCACUAGAGAGGGCGAUCGAGAUAUGGGCAGCAGCGCCGCCGGUGCUGCUUUCUCGCCGGAACAGGACGGCGCGCCGCCGGUGUGCGUGACGGGGGCUACCGGCUACGUCGGCUCGUGGCUCGUCCGCACCCUGCUCCGGCGCGGCCGCCGCGUCCACGCCACGGCCAGGGACCCAGGCAAGGCGUGGCGGAUGCUGUCGGCGGUGGAGGGGAAAGAGCGGCUCAGCGUGUUCCGCGCGGACAUGGGCGAGGAAGGGAGCUUCGACGACGCCGUCAGGGGCUGCGCCGCGCUCUUCCACGUCGCCGCCUCCAUGGAUCUCCACCUGCACCACGACCACCAUGACGCCGUCGAAGAUGAGCAAGUGAGGUCGCAGGUGCUGGAGCCGGCGACGAGGGGCACCAUCAACGUGCUCCGGUCCUGCGUCCGCGCCGGGACCGUCCGGCGGGUCGUCUUCACCUCCUCCGUCAGCACGCUAGCAGCCGCGGGCCAGGGCCCGGGCCCGGAGGCGGCCGUAGUCGACGAGUCGUGCCUCAGGGCCCUCGACGACGUCUGGGCCACCAAGCCCAUCGGCUGGAUUUACAUCCUGUCGAAGCGAAUGGCGGAGGAGGCGGCGUUCGGCUUCGCGAGGGAGAACGGCCUCCACAUGGUGUCCGUCGUGCUGCCCACGGUCGCCGGCCCCUUCCUCACGCCCGCCGUCCCGACGAGCGUCCAGCUCCUCCUGUCCCCCAUUACACGCGACCCGAAGCUGCACGCGCUGCUGGGCUCGGUGCAUUCGAGGUUCGGGUGCGUGCCGCUGGCGCACGUGCAGGACGCCUGCGACGCGCACGUGUUCCUCAUGGACGCGCCGGGCGCCGACGGACGGUACCUGUGCGCCGGGGGAAGCUACUCGAUGGCCCAGAUCGAACGGAUCCUCUCGUCUCAUUACCCGCCUUUCCAUUUCCAGCCCGAAAAGAGGUUGAGUAGUGAGGAUCUCGAUGCUUCCAGCUCGGCGUCGUCCAAGAGGCUGCUGGAUCUGGGGUUUAGGUUCCAGCACGAUGCAGGGGAUAUCUUGAGGGAGGCCGUCGCGUUGUGUAUUGGCCGUGGGUUCCUGGAGCAGCCUGAUCGAUGUCUGUAAUUUCUUGUGAGGGUUUUUUAGGGGAAUUAGUGAGGGUUUUUUAGUAUGAGUUGGUCUUGGAUGUCCAUUUCCGUCUGGGAAGGCUAUGUUAUUUCUGGUCUGUAUUAGAGGUAAAUUCGAAAAAAGAAAAAGAAUGACGCUGAUUUUGAAUAUGGAGUACUUUUAAUUUGGUAGGAAUCUGUGGGCAAUAAAAAUGACGCUUUAGA